AUGAAUGGAGAGAACGGGUUGGGCAGAGUCGACAGAAGAAGGUCGAAGAGACUCAUCGAUUUCGACAUCGAAGGAGGCACAAAUCAACACUGGGAUGAUCUGGCUAGGUCCUUGUCUGCAUAUAGCAACAGUGGGAAGGAGGUGUACUUGGUUGCAAACCCUCAAUGUCCUUACCCAGAUGCUUGGCUUGGAGGUGCCCUUCAAACAGGCUUAUUCGACUACGUUUGGGUCCAAUUUUACAACAAUCCUUCAUGCGAGUACAGUUCUGGGAACAUCGCUAAUCUCCAAGAUGCAUGGAAUCAAUGGACUUCAAAUACCGCCGGUAAAAUCUUUUUGGGAUUGCUCGCAUCUACGGAAGCAGCUAACAAUGGUUUCAUCCCUGUGUCGGACCUUACUUCCAAAGUAUUGCCCGCCAUUAAAGGAUCUGCCAAGUAUGGGGGCGUGAUGUUGUGGUCCAAAUAUUAUGAUGAUCAAAUUGGAUACAGCUCUUCCAUCAAGGGAUCCGUCUAAGGAUCCGUUUGAGGGUGAAUUUUACCUUUAA